GCCUCAUAAAUCUAUCCAAUCCCCUCUCUCUCUCUCUCUCUCAUCCCCUUCGCAGAACUGAACACCGCGCGCAAAUUUGAAGUCUACCUCUCUCUCUGUCUCUCCUCACACACAACAAUGUACUCCACCGAUCCACAACCCUACCACCAACCCGUCGAAUUCCAACCGUACGCAGCAAUGGACUCCCCGUCGUGCUCACAAGGCCACCGCUCCUCCCUCACCCUCCAAACCCCACCAAACGGCUCCUCCAUCUGCCUCCUCUGCCUCUCCAACCUCAUCUCCAACCCCACCUCCCCCACCCUCCACGUCUCCCACGCCCUCUCCCAGCUCUCCCUCGCCCUCUCCCACCCGCCCUUCCUCCGCGACCUCCUCCACCUCCACCCUCGCUUCCUCGUCCCUCCCCUCGUCGACGCCCUCUCCUGCUUCGACGACGAGCCCAUCGCCCGCCAGGUCAUGGAUUUGGUGUCGGAGCUUUGUCGCUUGGGCGGCGAGUCUGUUUGCGGCGAGUUCGCGGCCAGGGUUGCGGGGAGGCUGGCGUCCGGUGAGUUGGCGUGGAGUCGGCGCCAGGUGUACGCGCUUCACUGCUUUGGCAUUCUCUUGGGUUAUCAGAAAGACAACCCUUAUUCCUAUAUCAGUGACCAAUAUGCCCUUAUUUUCAACCUUGUCACGGGUCUUCAGUUGCCAAGUGAAGAAAUCCGGGGAGAGAUCCUUUUUGUCCUGUACAAAUUAUCCAUCCUCCAGUAUGCGUACAAGGAUGAUGCUGCCACUGAUGUUUUGUAUUCCUUUUGUCCCAAGCUCUUGCAAUUGUCACUGGAAGCCCUUGUCAAGACUCAAAGUGAUGAUGUUCGUUUGAAUUGCGUAGCACUUCUGACGGUGUUGGCUCAGAGGGGUUUCUUUGAGAAUGCAUAUGAAAAUGAUAUAAGCAGCAAGAACUCUUAUGAAGCUGACAACUUUAUGCAAACAACAGAAGAUGUGAUAGAUGGACCUCCCCUGAAUAUCUUGUUUGCUGAGGCUGUUAAAGCCCCAUUGCUUUCCUCAGACGGUGAAGUUCAAGUUAAGACAUUGGAUUUGAUCUUUCUUUAUCUGUCUCGGGAAGGUGGCUCGGGCACCAAAAUCCGAGUAUUUGUUGAAGAAAACAUUGCAGAUUAUGCAUUUGAAAUACUGAGAUUGUCAGGAUGCAAAGAUCCAGCGGUCACCUCUUGCCUUCAGGUUCUUGAUCUUUUAUCAACAGCCGAGGACGCCUUUAGGCAACGGCUUGCUAUUGGAUUCUCAACCCUGGUUCCUGCUCUGCAUUAUGUAGCUGGAAUACCUUUUCAUCCUGUCCAAGCUCAGACACUAAAGCUCAUAGGGAACUGCAUUUCAAAUUGCCCUGGAAUAGUAUCCAUCUCUCAUAUUGAAGAACUAGGCCUUAUUUUGACAGGAAUGUUAAAAAAAUAUGCGGAUGGGGAGGCAGGCAUGCUCACAGAGACAUUCUCUAUGGCCUGUUCAAUUCUUGUAACCGUUAUGAAAUCUCCGUCUUCUCAUGGGACUUCAAAUUUCUCGACAUCACUCCAAGAUGCAUCAAUAUAUGCUACUCUCUCUUGUUUAAGCCACCAUGGAAAAUAUCCCAGCCAACUUAUGAACUCUCUAUAUCUACUGAAGGAGACAUACACAUACAGUCACAAUGGAAACUCCAUCAGCUCCACUGAUGCGGAACUAAGAAGCUGUAUUCUAAACAUAUGUAAGUCAAAUCUAUUGCCCUGGUUCAUAACAUCCAUCCAUGAAAUGGAUGAGGACAUUGUCCUUGGUGUUCUGGAAACUUUUCAUACGAUAUUGCUGCAGGACUCCAAUAUCCAGGCUGCAGAAUUCGCAAAUAGUUUGGUCUCAUCCUCCUGGUUCAGUUUGACAUUUGGAUGCUUAGGUUUAUUUCCAACAGAAAAGGUCAAAUGGAGAAUAUAUCUGAUGUUGAGCUCAAUCGUGGAUGUGCUCUAUGGAAACGAAUUUGGGCAGCCUAUAAGAGAUGCUGCUUUACAUCUACCAACUGAUCCUAUAGAUUUGCUGUUCCUGCUAGGACAAAAGAGCUCCAAUAAUGUCGAAUUGUUUUCUUGUCAAUCUGCGGUUUUGCUGAUACUAUUUACCAGCUCAUUGUAUGAUGAUAGACUUGCAGAUGAUAAGCUGGUUUUAGCUUCUCUAGAGCAGUAUAUUCUAGUUAACAGCAGUGAACUCCUAUAUGGGGCUGCUUAUUCUGUACCAGUGGAGAUCGUGGUAAAUCUGUACGGACUUUAUAGAGGUCUUGCCAAGAAGAGUUACCAAAUUUCCUACAGUCCAGAGGCUGAAAAGAUUCUGUUCCAUGUAUUGACUGAAGAAGAAUGGGAUUUGGCUUCUGCAAGCAUUCACUUGACAUCACUGAAAUGGUUGUUUCAGCAAGAGAAAAUGUGCAAGCCGUUGUCUAGUCAGAUCUUGAAGUUUUGCAGAUGCACUAGCUCAAAUACGAACCAAAUCAUCGUGCGUGGAAACUGUAGUCAAAAUAUAGAUCUACAUACAAUAGCAGAAUUGGUAGCAUCAGAUGAUACCUUUGGAGCAACACUUGUGAUUUAUGUGUUGAAAGAGCUUUUAGAAGGACAGCAAGAGGAUGACAUAAUUUCAGUAUUGAGGUCUGUGGCAUUAAUCAUUGACAUUUUCCCAGCUGCUUCAGACCAAUUAUGCUUACAUGGGAUAGGCAGUGCGAUCCAAAGUCUUUGUUACUCUGACCAUUCUUCUCCACAGAUGUUCAUGGUCAUCUGUCAACUCACUUUUAGAGUUCUAUAUUCGGUGCAUUCUGAAUUUCUUUCGGAUACUGAAGCUUGGCUUUCAAUCACAAUGAAGUUGAUGGACUACCUGGUCUCUACAGUAGCUGCAGAUGGGUGGACUGUAGAAAAUCUCAUAGUGACUGGCAUUCUUUCCUUAAUUUUGCACCAUUCCACUAAUCAAGCACUGAUCGAAACUUCGAAAACUAUACUUUUGAGUACUCCUUUGGUGUCCAUACUUAACAACACAAUCCAUGUUGCCUGUUCAAAGGGACCUGCUGUGAUUGAUUAUGAUGAAGGGACUACAAAUGGAGAACCUCUGUUAUUUGUGCUUUUACUGCAGUUCUUCUCACUGCGAAGCAUGCAUGCUGUUCUACCAGAGUAUGCAAACUGGCAAGAUUUUCUCGGUCAAGCCUAUGGGUCACAACCACUGUCCUUCAUAAGAAUUCAUUGCCACGACUUGUGCAAGUUGAUAUAUUUUGGUUCUUCUGGGGUCAAACUUGUUGCUUCACAUUGCCUGUUGGAGCUAUUCACGAGAAUAUCAAGCCAGAAAACUGAGAAAACUGAGAGAUCUGAAAUAUUAAACUGCACCACCAGAUACUUACUCUCAGUAAUCUCUAUUUUAGAAGGUCUAGUUUUCUGCAGUGAUAUCAGAGUUGCCGUGAAUUGUAGCCUCUGUUUAUCAAUGAUUCUGGAUUGGGAAAUACUGGACACAGAAUUAGGUGCCAAUCGGAGAAAUAACUGGUGCAGGCUUAUUGUAGAAGAACUGGCAAUGUCCUUGGCAGUUCCACGUUUGGCGUCUGAAUCAUUUAUGAUUCAUCACAAGCCUGCUGUUCACGUGGCAGUCGCGCUGUUGAAACUGCGCAAGGUUCCUGAGUGGAUGAGUUCAGUUUUUGAUGAUUGCUGUAUAUCUGGCAUUGUGGAGAACCUUUCAGCUAGCAACUUGAGCAGUGAGAUGGUGCUUUUGUUUCGAGAGUUGGUGAAUGCUCGUUACCUCAAAUCUGAGCAAAUUGCCAGCCUCAAUCGGUUAUUCCAGGCAUGCAGGAAACGAAUGUAUACCAGUGACACUGAAGAUACCAAAGGAGACGAGUAUAUGGAGAAGGAUGUUGCCAACUCAGAUGACACUCGAAAAAUGCGUCAGAUUCUUAUUAAGAUCAUGUCAUCUCAAACACCAUCUCUCGGUGUGGAUUACAGCAGAUCCUCAAUCAGAAGCAAUAACAGAUUGUUAGAAGAAAUAGAACUGUUUUCCAAAACUUUGAUGGAAGUAGACGACGGGUAAAGGGAGUUUUGCAGAUAACUGAAAAGUAGUUUGAUCACCUGGCUAGAAAUGUGGUAUCCGUGAUCUUAAUUCACGGAGAGCAAGGCCCUUAUUAUGGAAGGAUAUAAUAGGAAAGAUACAAAUGCAUAUACAGGCUGGAAGAGUAUAAUUUCUUUUAUCGCGUUUAAACAAAAAUUGACAUCAUCUGGGAGUUUCAAGUGUCAUCUUUUAGCAUUAUUGUAGUAGUGGUAACAUGAAGAUUUUGAACUUGAGAAUGAAAAUUAAUUGUUCUUAUUAUACUGAAA